CAGUCACGUGACCAGGCUGCUUGGUGACGUGUCUUCCAACUGGCAUGUAAGCAGGAAGUGUUGGCUCCAGUGUCAACAUGCUAACAGACGAUACCAACGAGGAAGACGUGUCUCUUUUUGACGCUGAGGAGGAUGCAGGCAGAAGGUCAAAGACAAAAAACCUCAAGCAUCCCGUGGCGUCCUUCUUCCACCUCUUCUUCCGGGUUUGCGCCAUCCUGGUCUACUUCUUCUGUGAACUUUUCAGCAGUAACAACUUUAUCGGUGGCAUGGUCACAAUCAUUCUUCUUCUCUCGUGUGACUUCUGGACGGUAAAGAAUGUGACAGGGCGGCUGAUGGUGGGGCUCAGGUGGUGGAACCAGGUGGACGACGAUGGACGAAGCCACUGGGUGUUUGAAUCCCGGAAGGGGACGAAGAAGUCAUACGUUUCAGAUUCGGAAUCUCGGAUAUUCUGGCUGGGACUGAUCGUGUGUCCAGUGGUGUGGGUGGUCUUUGCCUUCAGCGCUCUCGUUCAGAUGAAGAUCAUGUGGCUGCCCGUGGUGAUGAUGGGAGUGGUGCUGCAAGCGGCAAACCUCUACGGAUACGUCAAGUGCAAAGUGGGAGGAAAGACCAACUUGAAGAACCUGGCCACAAACUAUUUUGGGAGACAGUUUCUCAAACAGGCUCUGUCCAAAGACGAGGAAUCUUAACAAGCAGCAGCUUUCUUUUUUUUUUUUUCAA